AAGGUUUUACUACGUCAUCAUUCCACGGAGAUCAUUCGACCAUCCGCGAGGGAAUUUCGCCGCAAGUUGAUAGGUUUCAUUUAAUGAACAAAGCUGUGUACGAUUCUUCAUAGAAAUAAACGAUACCGUAGAAUUUCGAGAAAUGGCAAGUGUUGGGCGUACUGAACAAUACGAUGAUUGGAAGAAAAGGGCAUUUUUAGGAGCGCUUCCACAUGGAUUUCUGCGAGUCGAGGAGAGUCCACGUCAGCAACAAGAGGCUGCAGACCAACAAGCUGCCUUAGCGCUUCAACAUCACUUACAAAGUGCUCCACCAAUGAUCGCAGCUCGCAUGGGCAGAUUAAGUGUGACUAUAACUCAAGCCAAACUAAUGAAAAAUUAUGGUAUGACUAGAAUGGAUCCAUACGUUAGACUACGAGUUGGCCAUUCGAUUUAUGAGACACACACAGAUACGAAUGGAGGAAAGAAUCCGCACUGGAAUAAAGUCUUGCAAUGUUAUCUUCCUCCCGGUGUAUCGCAAAUAUAUGUUGAAAUUUACGAUGAGUGUUCGUUCACAAUGGACGAACUAAUAGCCUGGGGACACAUAGAAAUACCACCACAAGUUAUUCAGAAGGGAGAAACUCACGAGGACUGGUAUCCCCUCAGCGGUAAACAAGGCGACAAUCAAGAGGGCAUGAUCAAUAUGGUUCUCAGCUAUACGGCGAAUCCAGGCAAUCCAUACUUUGCUCCGGCACCAGUAAUGAUGGUACCGUCGACUAAUAUGUACGGUAUACCACAAUAUGCUCCUGUGAAUAUAUACACAGCUCCACCAGUUGUCAACGCGGUUCCUGUGGCAGAGCCAUGUUUGAGACCAAAUGCUGAGGUUGAAUUAAAACAGAUAGCAGAGAUGUUCCCGAAUAUUGAUAGUGAAGUCAUCAAAUCCGUGUACGAUGCGAAUCAGGGAAAAAAGGAUGUAACUAUAAAUUCAUUAUUGCAAAUGUGCGAAUAAUUUUCAACAACUUAUUACCAUAUCUAAGUGAUUGCCAUAUCUGUAUUCCAUUUUGAAUGUAAUAUAUUAUAUUAUAUUUAUAAAUUAUUAUAACCGUUAAAUUAA